AUGAAUGUAAUGAACGUAUAUGCACCAACACUAGGGCUAGACAGGAAAACCUUUUUCGACAGUUUAUGGCAUUACAAGACAGGGGACAACAACAUUAUACUCGGUGGAGACAUUAAUUGUAUCGAAAACACACUUCUAGAUAAAGUGGGAGGCAACCCCUUGAGUGGCACAGUGGGUUUCGAUGAGUUGAGGGAUUUCACGGAACAACAUUACCUGGGCGACAUAUGGCGAGUGAAUCACCCACAAGACUGCACUUUUAUGUGGAACACAAGCGACUUUUCCAUCUGGUCACACCUAGACAGAUGGUACGUUCCGGACGCAGAAAGGAACACAGCUACAUCUCACAUCCAGGCUCGUCCACACUCGGACCACGCGUUGGUAGAUCUUAAAGUCGAACUAUGUGAUGACAGGAAACGCGGCAAAGGAGUGUGGAAGUUAAACAAUUCCAUCUUACAAGACGAAACAUUCCCACAUGCGGUGAGAACUUUCUGGUCCUUCUGGCAACAAUGCAAGGCUGACUUCUACUCACCUGCAGAGUGGUGGGAUGCAGCUAAGGAGCAUUUAAAGCGAAUAGCCAUCCGACACUUAGUCACAAAGCCGCAACCGAUGCCGACAAGAGGAGCAACUCUGGGACAAACUGACGAGCAUACAUAA